AUGAAGAAGCGACGCAUAACCCGCCCGGUUGGGGAUCCACAGCUUGGAGAUAGAGGAGUAGAUGUUUUGGCAACCCGUUUUGGCUUCCGCAUUGCGUUGCAAACAGAAGCACAGAAGCAGCAGGCUUGCCACGCGCGGCUCCUCAAAGAUUUGGUGGCACCCCUGCUGGCGCUAAUUGCUGGAUUCGGAAUGAUCGGCACAAGCGCCGCCGUUGGAUAUUCCUACACGCGGUUCGAGGGUCCGGUGGUGGGGCCAGAGCACCUGGUCACCGUCCACGACGGACGCACCGUCGACUAUGUGGCCCGGCCCGAGUACAGCUUCGCCUAUGGCGUCGAAGAUGGCAAGUCGCGCGUGCUGCAGAAUCGCAAGGAGACGCGCAAUGGCGACGAGGUGCGCGGCGUCUACAGCGUAGUCGAUCCGGAUGGCACCUUGCGUGUGGUUAAAUACACGGCCGACGAUGCCAACGGCUUCCAGGCGGAGGUGAUCACGAAUGGAGUGAAAACACUACAUGGCCACGGAGCAGAGGGGGACGCCGGAGCUGGAGGAGGAGGUGGAGGAGUUGUGGACAACCAGGUGCGACAUGACAGCUCCGAGGGAGAGGAGGAGGAUGAGGAGGAGGCUUCACCACAUCGUGGAGGAAAUCAGUACCAAGUUCACGAGGAGUACGAUGAGGGGGAAGGCGACGGAAAGGGGGGCGAAAAGGACGAGGAGGGGGAGGAGGGAGAGGGAGGAGGAGACCAUCAGGAGUACGAGGGAAGCAGCGAGGAGGGAUACGAGGAGGCCGAAGCUCACAGUCAGCAGGAGGAGAGCGGCGAGGACUACUAG